UUGUUCAACAAUCCUCUCGAAGAAAGCUUGUAAAUGGUGUGAUCUGUUCGAUUUAAGUGUGGAAAUAUAUUUGUUUGCAGCUUUUACGAAGCGGAUUUAGUUGUGAAAAAAGACAACAUUCAAAAAACUCCACAACAGAAUGGGCCGGUUCGGACCAAAGCAUCGUAAAAUCCCCGUUCCCAAACGCCAUGGUGUUCGUGACCCGCUGAAACGGCUCGCCGAAAAAGAAGCUGCCAUUAAAGACAAAAUCAACAACCCUCCGAAGGAACAUGAUGUUCAGGAGGUUUCGAAUCGUUUCAAGCGAUUUAUGGUACUAACCAAGGAGGCCAAUCAACCCAGGCAACGAUUCAAAAAAACAAUAGAAAAACCAAAAUUGCGAAUCGGAAACUCGAUUGUCGAAAAGCGCAAUAAAGAAUCGGAAGAAUCGUUCCUGAUGCGUGCUAGUAACCUCCAGCAUGCUCGUGAGGUAGAGGCCAAUUUUGGUGUCAGGUUUGGUGUUGAGGUGGAACACGACGAUCAAACGGGAGCAAUUCGUGUCGUCAAACGGAAAGGUAUCGAAGUAGAUGGCAUGUUGGAAAAAAUCAGCGAUGAAAAACGUGGCAAAGUAAGCAAGCGAAAAUUAAGGGCCGCAGAAGCUGCCAAAACCAAAAAAGCCAUGAUAGCGGAAAAGAAACAGAAAGCGAUUGAUAACCAACGAGAGGAGGAAGAUCUGUUGCUGCGAGAGUAUCAAUACGAACGAGUGCCUUUUGGUGAGGUUGUAAAGGAACCGCCAAAACUCCGUGCACUUCCACGGCGAGCCAAAAGGGAGGGUGUUCCAAGGCCUGGAUCCAAAGGCCUGUUGUUAAGUACAUUACUGCAGCCAAAACAAACAGAAAAUCAAGAAGAACCGGUUCCCAAGAAAACGUCCAAAAAGAAGAAAACCGAAACGAAGUUGGAUCUCAAAGGCAAGCGAAAGAAACUGCCGAUGGCAACCAGAAUGAACAUUGAACGUGAACAGCAAAAUGUCAUCGAAAUGUACCGGCAAUUGAAGAAGAAAUCAAACCAAUAAAGAAAUGAAGCAACGGUUCCUGCUAUUGGGAAUCUUAAAUCA